GCGCAUUAACGUAUUCCUAGAGUUGUGGAAACAAUAAAGUUUGGAAGAAAGAGGAGUUUAGCCGGGUGGUUGUGAGGCCAAAUACUGGUGGUAUAGUGAGUCAAUGGCAUCGGGAUUAGUGGGAUUGCCGGCGGUGGUUCAGGCCCGCAAAAAGGAUGGUGGGCCGACUGCGAAGUUCUGGGAGAGCCCCGAGACUGUGUCUCAGAUGGAUGCUGUGCGAGUGUGGAUCAGCAAGCACUAUAAAAAGCAUGUUCAAGCUGAUGCCCCAACAAAUAAAAGCCUUGCUGGGCUGGCAAUGCAGCUUCUCCAGUUCCAGGAGGAUGCUUUUGGAAAACACGUGAACAACCCUGCCCUUACAAAACUCCCUAGCUUACAAGCAGCUGCCUUUUUUUUGUUUGUUGGUAUGUAUGUAAUGCAUGAAAAAUGCUUUCUUUUACAGAAUAACUGUCUGACUCGCCCAACUAUCUACCUUUCUUCUGAGGUUGACUUGAAACUUGCCAAUAAAUUGAAGGACAUCAUUAAGCGACAUCAGGGAGCAAUUGCAGAGGACAAGUCGAAGGCUUCACACCAUAUCUACCCUAUUCCUUCCAACCUGGAUGAUGAUGAAUGGGUAAGACCUGUAAUGAAGAAGGAUAAACAAGUUCUGGUACACUAUGGGUACUUUCCUGAGAGCUAUGACACUUGGGUUCCAUCCACUGACUUGGAAGUUGAUAUUGAAGAGCCACCAGUACCAGAAAAACCAUGGAAGGUUCAUGCAAAGUGGAUUUUGGACACUGAUGACUUUAAUGAGUGGAUGAAUGAAGAAGACUAUGAAGUGGAUGAAAAUAAGAAAGUGGUAAAUUUCCGUCAGCGUAUCUCUACCAAAAUUGAAGAGCCUGUACGUACGCCUGAACGAAAAGACAGAAAGUCGUCAUCUGGCCUCAAGAAGAGGAAACGCUCGCCUUCACCAUCUCCCACACCUGUUGAAUCAAGGAAAAAAGGGAAAAAAAGCCAGAGUGCACUUUAUGGAAAGAGAGGUCGUCAGAAAGAUGAUGAUGAUACGGAGCAGGAGCAGGACCAGGAACAGGAGCAAGAGCAGGACCAGGAACAGGAAGACCUCACCAAAGAUAUGGAUGAUCCAACUCCAGUCCCUAAUAUGGAAGAGGUGGUCCUCCCAAAAAAUGAUGAGCAAGAAGAGGAGGCUGCUCCACCAGUUGCUAAGGAGGAGGAGGAUCAGAAUAAAGGAGAUCAGUCUCGUUUAACUGACCCAGGCGAGGAUAACGUCACAGAGCAGACAAACCAUAUAAUUAUACCCAGUUAUGCUGCAUGGUUUGAUUAUAACUGCAUCCAUGUAAUUGAGCGGAGGGCUCUUCCAGAAUUUUUCAAUGGGAAAAAUAAGUCAAAGACACCGGAAAUAUAUCUUGCCUACCGUAAUUUCAUGAUUGAUACAUACCGUCUGAAUCCUCAAGAAUAUUUAACUAGCACUUCUUGCAGAAGAAACCUUACUGGAGAUGUUUGCGCGAUCAUGAGAGUACAUGCUUUCCUUGAGCAGUGGGGUCUCAUUAACUACCAAGUGGAUGCAGAUAGUCGCCCUAUGCCAAUGGGGCCCCCUCCCACCCCUCAUUUCAAUGUUCUAACUGAUACUCCUUCUGGACUUAUGCCAUUGCAUGUCAGAACCCCACAGGUUCCUGCUGCACAGAAAAUGUUAAACUUUCCUGAAAAAUCAAAGGAGAAGCCAACAGAUCUGCAAAACUUUGGCUUGCGGACUGACAUUUAUUCUAAGAAGACACUGGCCAAGAGUAAAAGUGCAAAUGCAGGAAGGGAGUGGACAGAGCAGGAGACACUGUUGCUGUUAGAGGCCUUAGAAAUGUACAAAGAUGACUGGAAUAAAGUGUCUGAGCAUGUUGGAAGCCGUACUCAAGAUGAAUGUAUUCUCCAUUUCUUACGAUUACCUAUUGAAGACCCUUAUUUGGAAAAUUCUGAUGCUUCUCUUGGGCCACUUGCCUACCAGCCUGUACCAUUCAGUCAGUCUGGGAACCCUGUCAUGAGCACUGUUGCUUUCUUGGCAUCUGUUGUGGAUCCACGAGUGGCUGCAGCAGCAGCUAAAGCUGCUUUAGAGGAGUUUUCUCGAGUUCGAGAAGAGGUGCCAUUAGAACUAGUGGAAGCUCAUAUCAAGAAGGUGCAGGAGGCUGCUCGCUUGACUGGGAAGGUAGAUCCUUAUUAUGGACUGGAGAGUAGCUGUAUCGCAGGCACAGCUGCAGAAGAUCCAGAGAAACCUGAAAGCAAUGAAGAAGAGAAAAUGGAGACUGAACCUGAAGGACAACAAUCUGAAAAGAGUGAAGUCAGAGGUGAAGGUGACACAGAAGCAGGAGAGCAGUCACCAGAAGAAAUACAGAAUGAAAGGCUUACGCAAAAUGAUGAGCAAGAAAGUGAACCUGCAGCGGACAGUAAGACAGGUGAGACUGAUAAAGAAGAAAACAAAGAAAAUAUUGAAAAUGCUGAAGAAAAGGAAGCUGACCUUAUGAGGAAAAAGAUUGAACAAGAAAUUGCAGAGGGGAAUGUAGCUACAGCUGCUGCUGCUGCACUUGCUUCAGCUGCCACGAAAGCCAAGCAUCUGGCAGCAGUGGAGGAAAGGAAAAUAAAAUCUCUAGUAGCACUUCUAGUGGAGACACAAAUGAAGAAACUAGAGAUUAAGCUGAGGCAUUUUGAAGAACUGGAAACUAUCAUGGACCGUGAAAAAGAGGCAGUAAGUAUAUGCAAGGAUGUACGUAAUGAUCCCUCUCUUUUGGAGUAUGAUCUUCAGUCAGAAGAGCAGGAAUUGGUGGAAAAAAGUAGUGCUUCAGGAUUUUCUUCCCAACAUGAAGUUUCUGAGUAA